GGCCGGAGAGAGGGGGGGGGAGUGGAGCGGGACUCUCCUGCAGGAUGCCUGAGCCUGCAGCCAUGUGGGCUGGAGGCAAAGCAUGAGGCUUGUGGGAGGAAGCUGCAGGGUGUGUCUCGUCUCGGGGGACUUAUCUGCCUAGUCGAGGGUCCAACCUGGCUGUGAGCGAAGCCUCACGGAAAUGGAGGAAGACUCUUUUCCCAUGUUUUCCCUUGGAUGGAAGCAUGCUCUGUUCCACAGGAAACGAUAGCCUUGAAGUAUGAUCAUGGAAAAGGGAAUAAGCUCUGUAGAAGUUCCUCCUGUGUCAGCUCAUGCCACUGCAGUAAGGAUGAUGGUAAAAGAACAUGAAGCCAAACCGGCUCAAAAAGUGAGACGAGUGGGAUUUGUACUUGUACAUGCAGGUGCAGGUUAUCAUUCUGAAUCCAAAGCCAAAGAAUAUAAACAUGUGUGCAAAAGAGCAUGUCGGAAGGCAAUUGAAAAGCUACAGGCUGGGGCUCUUGUAACAGAUGCAGUGACUGCAGCACUAGUUGAACUAGAGGAUUCACCCUUUACAAAUGCAGGAAUGGGAUCUAAUCUAAACCUCUUAGGUGAAAUUGAAUGUGAUGCCAGUAUUAUGGAUGGAAAAUCACUAAAUUUUGGAGCAGUGGGAGCUCUCAGUGGAAUCAAAAAUCCUGUCUCCGUGGCAAAUAAAUUAUUAUGUGAAGGGCAGAAGGGAAAACUAUCUGCUGGCAGAAUUCCGCCUUGUUUCUUAGUUGCUGAGGGAGCCUUCAGAUGGGCAGUGGAUCAUGGGAUAUCAGCCUGUCCUCCAGGUGUCAUGGCAACAAGACUUAGCUUAGCGGCUUUUAAAAGGAACAAGAGGAAACUAGAGCUGGCUGAAAAAGUAGAAACAAAUCUUUUUCAGCUGAAGAAAAGACGACAAACAAGUGAAAAGGAAAAUGAGUCAGAAACAUUGGACACUGUUGGAGCAGUUGUUAUUGAUCAAGAAGGAAAUGUUGCUGCUGCCGUUUCCAGUGGAGGCUUAGCUUUGAAACAUCCUGGGAGAGUUGGUCAGGCAGCUCUUUAUGGAUGUGGUUGCUGGGCUGAAAAUAUGGGAUUUCAGAAUCCUUACUCUACAGCUGUGAGUACCUCAGGUUGUGGAGAGCAUCUUGUACGGACAUUACUGGCCAGAGAAUGUUCAUGUGCUUUGCAGAAUGAAGAUGCUCAUCAAGCUCUGCUAGAAACUAUGCAAAACAAGUUUAUUAGUUCACCUUUUUUAGCCAAUGAGGAUGGUGUUCUGGGAGGAGUGAUAGUUCUCCGCUCUUGUAGGUGUUCUGCAGAGCCCAACUCUUCACAGGAUAAACAAUCCCUAUUAGUAGAGUUCCUGUGGAGUCAUACAACAGAAAGCAUGUGUGUGGGAUAUAUGUCGGCACAGGAUGGCAAAGCUAAGACUCACAUUUCAAGGCUUCCACAUGGCGCUGUGGCAGGACAGUCGGUAGCAAUUGAAGGAGGAGUUUGUCGACUGGAAAGCCCAGUGAACUGAACCACUAUGUAAUGGGUCAACACAAAUGCUAUUUGUAUAAUAAGAUCCUUUGUGUUUUAAGAGAGAGUGAGAUUUCUAUUAUUUUAUAUACUUUUAUUGCAACCACAUGCACCCUAACUUGAAACAAGUGCUGCUGUAGCUUUAGAUUCUAAAAUUUUGUUUGAAUGUAUAUGGGAACACGUCUCCCAGGAGAAAAGAAAUUCGGUUCUUGCUUGUAUGAAAUAUUUUAAUGUUAGAAAAGAUUUUAUGAGUUACUUGAUCAGUCUGUAAGACAAUAACAUCCUGAAAUUGCCAGAAAGAAAUGGUUUUUAAAAAUAGAAGGUAUGCUGAUCACAAAUGUUAUAUUGAGAACAUACAGGGUGGGUUGAAAUAAACAAGUGUCAGAAUAUACUCAAUACUACUUGAUAGUCUCAGGAUGGUCCUAUGAUUGCUUAAGCAUACCCUGAUUUUCCAAUGGGAUAUAAUAAUUUCUUUCUAGCAAAGAGGGAUUAAUUCCAGUGAAACAGUCUAGGACAGGGUUACAGCCAGAUUUCUUAUGUUCAGUUGUGGUACUUAGUUUGGCUUAAAUGUUACAUAGCUUAAAGCGUUUAUGUAUUAUGAAAGGCUCUGUAAAGAUAACGUACAGUCAUGAAGUCUUUACUUUGUGUAUAACUGCAUAUUGGGAUGUACAGAAGAACAACAUUUAUUGAAAGAGUUAGUACUAUUCUUUGAUUUAAAUAUAUUUUGAGAGAAUAAUAUAGAAAUAAACUAUUAUUGGACAAUGCAAAAUGUAUUAAAGUGGUGAUGUAGAGGAAUCUAAUUCUAGCUUUCUUCUGUUCCUUAAAUUCCAAAGUUAAAGUAAAUGGGUAUGCAUGUGUGCAAUUAAAUUUACAUGUAAUGUAAGUGGUGUUACAAGUGGCCUUUUAAAUGAUUUUAUGCAGCUAGAAUCUAUGAAUGGUACAUAUUUUCUUAUACUGUAUGUUGUAAAUAUAGUUAGAUUUUUUUUUUUUUUUACAAUUGUUCAGGUUUCUUUCGAUACGUACCUGGGUGUAAUGGCUGUAAGACAAUCCCUUUUUUAAAAAAAGUCUAGCAAAUGAGCUAUUUGAAUAGUACCAGGAAAUGAUACAGGCAUUCUUUAGAAGCCCUUGCUCAACAACCUGCAAAUUAUUCUUAAACAUCUGCACUGUACUUGUCUUCUCUAACUGAAGUGUCAUCGAUCAAUUUAAUAUUGUAAUUAGAAGAAAAUAUUGUAAUUAGAAGAAAACUUUACAACUGUCAAGUUAUCUUAUUUGUUGAUUUCUGGUUUUUUUUUAAACUAGUACAGUUCACUAUGAUUUCUAAUCAUUUCCGAAGAGGCACAGAUGGCUGCAAACUGUUGCCACAAAUAGCUGUCCUGAGAUACAGUAUGUCCAUAAAUUAAACAUUUUAUCACUAGACUCAUUUGAAAGUGUACAUUGCAGCUGUGCCACUCAUUCUUUCAAUCAUUCAUGCCUCAGAGGAAGUAGUUAUUUAUCGUUUGAGAAAAGCCAGGUUUUUUUGGGCGGGGGGAAAGAUUGAUCUUCUAUUGGGUCUAUUUUAAUAUUGAUCAAAAAAUAGCCACUUUAACACACCCUUAGAAAUAUGUAGAUGGCAGACAGGGAGAGAAUUAUAUGUUAUGCUACUUAAUGUACUAUGCACAUAGUUUGGAUUUUCCUAAUAGUAGUCCUUACCUCCAGACCAAAAACUAUGAUGCAUACUGUAUUUGCUCGAUUCUUGCAUCAUGGCUUUAUCCCUUGUCCAGUAACAUUAUAUGAAGACAACUCACCAUAGGAAACCUGUUCCAACCACAGACUCUUACUUUGAUGAUAAUAUUUCUACUCUGAUAGUAGCAAAUAAUUUUUUUAUUCAGUAUCAUAAAAAUAUUGAAAAUAUACAUGUUGCUACUAGGAUGGUAUAGUCAUCUGUUUUGAGCACUUUGGUAUGUAUGCCAUUAAAUUACACUUCAAGGUAGAUAACCUGAUGUGUUUAUAGUAUCAUGUAAAUAUCCAUGAAAAAUGAAUGGAUGCAUACCAGAAAAAGUUACCAACUGCAGGUGGUAGGAUCCUAUCCCCCUCUGCUCAUUAGUAAACAGAAUAUUCAGCAUUGAACUAAAAUAUUUGGUCCUGAAACAUUUGGGGAAAAAAUGAAAGCUAAAUCAUUAUAAAGGUUGUAAAAGUUCAAUUUCUGUUAAUGAAGAAAUGCAACUAGUAAUUUUAGACCCUCCUUCAGAGUGAAUUUAGGUAAGGUAUGCCUAAAGAAUAGACCUGGUGCUGUAAUACAUAGAGCUUCAACCAGAACAUUAGUAAAUGCUAGCUUUGAUUUCUUAAGUUAAAAGGAUUCAGGGAUUGGGAAAUGGGAUAUCUUGCCACAACCAACUCGCCGUGGACAACUCACCGUGGGACAACUCGUUGCAGGACAAUGUAACAAUACUGUUUAAUUAUUUAAAAUAAAUAAAAAUUUUAGUUUAUGCAA